UCAAAAUUAUGACUAUUAUAUGAUUAUCGUAGGGCAAUGAUCCGGUGAUGGGACAAGUAUUAUACUAGUCAAAAUGAAAUAUUUACAAAUACUAUUUUAUGACAAAAUUCACAUGUCAUUUUUAUUUCGAACAACUAGGCAUUUGUAUAAUUUUUUUAUUCUUUAGUGGUCCAAAUAUAUUAUUUCAAAAUAACAAAUAAAGUAAAUUUUUUUAGUGGUAUCUUUUUGUGGUCCAUAACAUUUAUACACUAGAAAAAAUUAAGAUUUGUUUUCGAAAUUUACUUUUUUGGUGUUUUUUUUUUUACUUUUUAUAGAAAAACAUACAAAAAAUAAAUAAAUAAAGAGAGUAGUUGAUUUUUUUUUAGUGAUUUUUUUGACUUUUUUAAACUAAAAUUGAGAGUUUCUAAAUAAAUAAAAAUAAGACAAACAGUAAGCGGGUCGGGUUAACCCAUGACCAACUAGGGCCCCCAACCACACAAUGGGGGUGAUUUGGGGGAAUAUGAUUUUGAGGCCCAAAUUUGAUUGAUUUAAAUCCUUGAAAAAGAACCACAAUAAAUAUCCGUUACAUAUUUGUAAUGGAUGAUGAUGAUGAUUCAUCAUCUUCCACUUGUUUGUUUUUUCCAUUCUGCAGUUGAAUUUUGCAACCAUUUUUAGAGUAAAAGAGUAGAGGGAUAUGGCUAUGGGGUUGGCAUCAUCACCCUUGUUUUCGGCUCCAAUCUUACUUAGAAGGCAGCUCAACCAUCACCACCCUCACUUGUUUUCAACUUUUGCUUCUCCUCAGCUUCCCUUUUCUUUAUUGUCCACAGAAUCUGCAAUUUCAAAUCCUCGCCUGCCCUCGUUAUGUUUUAUAAAAUCUACAGCUUGUAAAGUAUCUCGCAGCCCAGUGGAAGUUGAAGACGGUAUAAAUGAUGAGGCUUGUGAGCUAGUCAAUGGAGUUGAGAUUUUGAUAGGGGAGGGAGAUGACAGUAUCCUUGCUUGUCUUUUCACGGUAGUGAAGAACAACAAUGGAACUGGCAUCUUGCUCUUGUCCGAUAUCUUAGGAUUUGAGGAUUCAUCCACUAGAGAUUUCGCAUAUCAUGUUGCCUGCAAUAGUUACAAUGUACUAGUACCGGACUUGUUUCGUGGGGAUCCAUGGGCAAAGGAUAGACCAAAGACUUUAUUUGAAGCAUGGCUGGCACAACAAACCCCGAAAAGGAUUGCAAAAGACAUUACAACCUCAAAAAAAUGGAUGAUGGAUGAGUUUGUAGCUGCAGGAAUCUCAAAGAAGCUUGGUAUCAUCGGAUUCCGCUUUGGAGGUGGCCGACUAAUAGAUGCGCUCGCCCAGGACGGGGGUGCCUGUUUUGGCAUUGGGGUUUCAUUCUAUGGCACAAGAAUUGACCCAUCUUUCGUUGCUAAUAUAAAGGUGUUUGUAUUGUUCGUUAUGGGUGACAAUGAUCCGAGUUGUCCGAUGUGA